CCGCGACUAUUUCUCUAGAGCGCUUAUAGACCUAUAUAGACAGCCCAAGCUAUGCCUCGCGAUCUCCCCGGGUUCUACUGGGACGAAGAACGCAAGCGCUACUUUCCCCUCUCGUCCCGCCCCGCCGCCCACACCCAGGCUGGUCCGAGUAAUCCCGUUCCUCACGGAAGCUCGAGGACAGCUUCUGCCCUAGCUGCGGUAGCUGCUCAGACGCUCUGGAAUGCGAAACCAGAUGCUCCUUCUCCGCCCCCAAGAAAGCGCCGUAGGGUGGACGUGCUCCUUCCUGACGGCUCUGUCAGCCGAGGUCUCAUGGGCGAAGGGCUGCGUCUGAGCACAAGCCAUGCGCAGAUAAGGGCAUACGCAAACCUGGGCGCGAUGUCUGAGGGGAAGCCGUUUUGGCAUGGGGAUUGUAUAUUCUCGUCCAUGGAUGUGGCAGUGGAGGCUGACGGAUCCCUCGUCGCGUCUACCGGCGACAAGGGCGGAUGGCUGCAGACGUAUACGACAGACAAACCUGGGUACCCUUACGGUGGCUCGAGAGAACUGUAUCUUGGAUCUGAGGUUACCGCGGUGUGUCGUUCUGAAACACACAGACUAGCCGUCUCGUUUGGACCCUCAAGCAAGAUUGCUGUAGAGAAUAUCGUGGAGGACGCUGAGAUCUGGAAUAUCAUCAGUAUCGGUGACCAUCGUUGUCAUGAUGUCCAGACAGCACAUCUGUUCGGGAAAAGCCUCGUCCUCGGUUCUGCGCGCCGCGGAAUAUUGCUCUCCGACAUCCAGGCAGGAUGGAGCUUCGACGUUUUGCAGACGGGCAGCGACGUCCUGUCCGUCUACCAGUCCGAGCAUGUGAUAUACACAGGAGCGCGCAACGGCUCCAUACAGUGCUUCGACAAGCGUCUCAACUCGCGGCAGAAAGGCCAGGAGCUCUUCAACGGCAAGUUCCGAGACGACAACCGGUCUGUCACCCACCUCAGCGUCGUCUACGGGACACAGCUGCUUGCGAGCACCAUCAAAGGAGACCUCGAACUGCUAGACCUGCGUUUCGCGCGGCACUCGACACCCCUGGUAGAAUACUACGGGCACACAAACUCGUACCACCCGAGACUCGGCAUCGCCACCUCGCCCUGCGCCUCGUACGUCUUCGCCGCGGGCCAGGACAACCGGAUCCGCGCCUGGUCGCUGCAGAGCGGCGAGCCGGUCACACCGCCCGCGCACCCUCCGGCACCGUCAGACCUGGAGCAUUCGCAGCUCCUGCGGCACACGUUCGGCGACCUGGUCACUGCCAUAUGCGUGACCGAGGGCGGCGGCGGCGGCGGCGCGGGCGGGAAUGGCCUGUCACUUUGGGCCGCCUCUGGCAGACAGAUCUACAGGUACUGGCUUGGGCAGCGCCUCGGGGAAGGCGUGAAGGGCUAUUGAGGAUAGGGCACGAUUCUACACGAGCAAUAUUUGUAUUCGUAGAAUAUUAGGUCAAUUCUAGACGGGUCAAUUGUGGAAAGCGAAUGCUGGUAUGCCGUACAGGAUGAUUGAGUGAACUUCAGAGCUAUGCGCAUGCAUUUAAAAGAAAGCGUUAGGAUAAGGUAUGAAGCCGUUCGUCGGACACAGCUGAUGCUUGAGAUUGUUACAACACCACGAGAAUCCCUUCUGCUUCGCUGCACAAUCCUGGGGGCGUCUUUCCCAGAGGAUGAGACAGAAAAGUCGUCAAUGCGCAUACGUCGUCAGGGGUCGCGACCUCUUCCUCUUCGUCCUCUUCUUCCUCCCGGACGUCUAUAGACUUCGGAAUGAGAGGGGACUCCGCGUCGGAGAAGGGGGUGGCCGUCUCCGUGCGUGUCAGGUCC